UCGGAACCGUUUGUUUAGAGUUUCAUGGAGGAAUUUGAAUUUCUGCUUGAAGGAAGGUGAAAAGUGUUGUGUCGUGGUACUGCGUUGUUGUGAGACGAGUCGUGUUGAAGUGUUGUUUGUUGUCAAGCGUUUUGUGUAUUAGUUUGUUUUCUGUGGUGAAAUUACAUAAUUUUUUCGGAUGAAGAUCAUGAAGCUAAAGAAGGGUGCAAGAUGUAUGGCCAAAUGGCAAAAUACUCAUUUCUACUAUUGGUGCACUAUAAUUGAACCAGUUGGUGAGGAGUGCAAAGUUCAAUUUGAUGAUGGAACAGUUACUGUAGUUAAAGCAAAAGAUUUGCAUGAAACACCACCAGCAGAUGCACGCAACCCAGUUCGUAUAGUCACACGUAGCACACCUAGCAAAAAUCGGAAGAGACCUGAAGAGAUACGAAAAUCUCCAGCUAGAAAGGUCCGUAAACUGUUUACUGAAGAAGAGAACGUCAGAUUGGGUGCCAAAUUAGGUGAUGUAAAAGAAAAUGCUACUGCAGCUGAGAAAGAGUCCAUAAUUGAGUCAGAUCUGAUGGAGGGUCUGAAGGACAAGGAGUCACAUGAAAAUUUGACAGGUGCCGCAGAUGUCCAGCCAUCUUUGCGUGAAAAAAGUGUGUCAAAAGAGAUUGAAAAUCUGACACAAAGUGCUGCAGAUGACAACCCAUCAUCACGUGAAAAAAGUGUGCCGAAAGAGAUUGAAAAUCUGACACAAAGUGUUGCUGAUGUCCACCCAUUUUCACGUGAAAGAUCAGUUAGUGUGUCAAAAGAAGCUGAAGAUGUGAAAUACAGGCCUGGUUCUGUAGACAUCCGCGCGUCUCCAUUUACAAGAUCAAUUAGUGUGACGAGAGAGACUGAAGCUGUGAUACACAAUACUGGAGAUGUCCACCAACCACCAUCUAGGGCAUCAGUUAGUGUUACAGCACGGACUGAAGAUAUAAAAGGUGGUGCUGAAGAUGUCCGUCCUUCGUCAGCCCGAAGAUCAGCUACUGUGGAAAUACAGAAAGAAAGUUUCACACAUAGUGUGAAAACAUAUGCUGCAUCAUAUCUUGACAGAGAUUUGCGCAGCCUGUCAUAUCUGGACAGAGAUAUCCCCAGCCGACUUUUGAAGGAAGGUUCUGUUGGAUCAGUAGAUCUACAUGCAGGUCCAACUAGAAGAUCAGAUAGUCUAUUAAUGCAUGGAGAUAGUCAACGCAUAAAGAGAGAAAAUUUAAUGCAUGAUGUGCCAAGAUAUGGAAAGUCAUACUUUGAGGGAGAUUUCCAAAAACGACUGUCGAAGGAAGGCUCUGUUGAUGUGCCAAGAUAUGGAAAGUCAUACCUUGAGGGAGAUUUCCAAAAACGACUGUCGAAGGAAGGCUCUGUUGAUGUGCCAAGAUAUGGAAAGUCAUACUUUGAGGGAGAUUUCCAAAAACGACUGUCGAAGGAAGGCUCUGUUGAUGUGCCAAGAUAUGGAAAGUCAUACUUUGAGGGAGAUUUCCAAAAACGACUGUCGAAGGAAGGCUCUGUUGGAUUAGCAGAUCUCCACCCAUCUGCAAUUAGAGGAUCAGACAAUUUGCUGAAUGAGAGAGGGAAAGUGACACCUGGAUCAGCAGAUCUCCACCCAUCUGCAAUUAGAGGAUCAGGCAGUUUGCUGAAAGAGAGAGGGAAAGUGACAGCUGAUUUGACAAGACACACAGCAUCAAAUGUGGACAGAGGUCUCCAAAGACAGCUGGUGAAGGAAGGUUCUGCUGAUUCUACACUUGCUACCAAGUACGUGGAAGAUAAUGAAAAAAAGUAUCUGAAUAAAUAUCCUAUGGAAUUUGGAGGAAGACUUGGUACUUUGUUGCUGAUUUUGUUACUGCCUUUAUAUGUCUUGAGUUUGUUUAGUUUUAAUUUGGUACCGGACCCAACAAAAUUUGAAGUAUUGUUUCAAAUGCAGCUUGUACUGAUUCCUCAAGUGGCUGUUGGAAUAAUAAUGCUUAUAAUUUUCCAAGCUUUACUUAGCAUUGUGCCUAUUGGCAAAGUUGUCAGUGGACCUCUGACUAAGCUUGGGAUUUUGAAAAUGCGGUGUAAUGGGAUUUUCGCGGCCCUGUUUGCACUGGUUCUAACUUCAUCGGUGUGCUACUUCAAAAGGGAAGUUGCUGACAUUGUAGUCAGUGUGUAUAGUGAGGCUGCAGUUUCAGCAAUGCUUGUGGGAAUUGUAUUUUCUCUAAUUCUGUACAGAAGAGGUGGUAAAUUGCCUAUCUCCUAUCUUAAUCCAUAUGGAUCAAAAGGCUUUAUGUGGUAUGACUUCUGGAUGGGACGAGAAGUUACUCCUCGUAUUGGAAAAUUCAAUGUAAAGCUCAUCCUUCAUCGAUUUUCCAUAAUUAUUGUGAUUGCACUGAACAUGUUGAUUGCCACAAAAGCACAUUUGCAGGGAGUGGAAGAAGAAAUAUUAAGAUCUGUUAUAAUAUCUACAAUAUUGCAGUCAUUAUUUUCUUUACACUUUAUUUUUCAUGAAGACCUGUAUCUGUAUUCCUUCCUAGCUAUCUCAGAAGGUGUUGGAUACAUGAUAGCAGUGGGAUUUAUGACAUUUCCAUUCAUAUUGACAUUCACUACAAAAGCUAUCUUGGACUAUAGAUUAAAGGCAUCACUGACAGAAAUGUAUAUUGUACUGUGUUCCUAUACAAUUGGACAAAUAUUAUUACAGUCGAGCAGUCACAGGAAAAUGCUCUCUCUAAAAUAUCCAGUCACCUCAGUUUGGAGGGUGAAUGUGCUGCCUAAAUGGAGUGCUGCUGUUCAGAUCAGAGCAUAUAUGGGAGAGAUCAUUGUUUAUUGGGCUUUGGCUUUGGUUGCUGGUACCACUUACCUUGGUAUUUUCAUAAUACCAUCAGCAUUUACAGUUACUGUGCUUUCAAGAGCCUUCAGGGAAUAUAAACGUUCAGCAGCCUAUCAAGCAGGUGAAGUUAACACCAAACAGUAAUAAGCUGUAAUUCUCAGUAACUCUCGUGAAACAAGAUCAUGCUAAAUGAUUGUGAAUAUGGGGCUAACUGCCAUGUUCAAAUAUGGAAUCAUUUAUAAAAUGUUUUUUUUUUUGUGAUAACUACUGUGCACUAUUUGAACUGUCUUUGUUUAGCAAUUGAGCACAUACAUUUUCUUAAAAAAGAGUUUUCAAAGAUUUUAAGAUGGUCUAAAAUUACAAAUGAUCUUUAUGUAGCACUUUUUAUGUUCUUGUAAGUAAUCUGAAAGAUUAUAGGAGCAUCAACAUUUAUUGUGGCAAGUUUAGUUUUUAUUGAUCUAAGAAGACUGUUAAAACAGUAAUUUUUUUAAAAAUAUGUCUUUGGCUAGUACUUAUAGUUAAUUACUUAUUAUUAUUAUUAUUAUUAUUAUUAUACGUAUCAUUCUACAAUGUUAUUAUUAGUAUUAUUAUACGUAUCACUUUAUGAGAGUACAAAUUAAAGCCCUUAGUGAUUGAUAUGUUAUAAACGCCAUUCAGACUAUGGCACGAACUGAACAAAUAUCAUUUCAUGCUGUGUAUUUUAUAUUUGGUUAUUUUCUAUAUUUUUGUUGUAAUUAAUUUCUAAUUGUGUUGUUUAAAUAAAUAGGUUUAGGUUAAAUG